GCGGGCGGCAGGGCCAGCUGGUGGGCAGCAGGCUGGCCUGAGAACUGCAAGAAGGUCCUCUGGUGUGGGGAUGGAGGGCUUCAAGAGCGAGCACUUCCAUGUGGUCACUCCGCUGCUGGAGAGCUGGGCGCUGUCCCAGGCGGCAGGCAUGCCUGUCUACCUCAAGUAUGAGAACGUGCAGCCUGCUGGCUCCUUCAAGAUCCGGGGCAUUGGGCAUUUCUGCCAGGAGAUGGCCAGGAAGGGAUGUAAACACCUCGUGUGCUCCUCAGGAGGCAACGCUGGCAUCGCGGCUGCCUACUCUGCCCGGAGACUGGGCAUCCCUGCCACCAUCGUGCUCCCUGAGGGCACCUCCCAGCAGGUGGUGAGGCGGCUGCAGGGGGAGGGAGCUGAGGUUCAGCUGGCUGGAAAGGUCUGGGAUGAGGCCAACCUGAGGGCGCAAGAGCUGGUCGAGAGGGAUGGCUGGGUGAACGUCCCCCCGUUUGACCACCCCCUGAUAUGGGAAGGCCACGCCAGCUUGGUGCAGGAGCUGAAGGAUGAGCUGAGGACUACGCCAGGGGCCCUGGUGCUGGCCGUGGGGGGCGGGGGCCUCCUGGCCGGGGUGGCUGCCGGCCUGGCCAAGGUGGGCUGGCAGCAGGUGCCCAUCGUCGCUAUGGAGACGCGAGGGGCCCACUGUUUCAAUGCGGCCCUUGAGGCGGGCAGGCUGGUCACGCUGCCGGACAUCACCAGUGUCGCCAAGUGCCUGGGUGCCAAGACGGUGGCCGCGGGGGCCCUGGCAUGCGUGCAGGAGUUCAGGAUCUUCUCUGAGGUGGUGGAGGAUGUGGAGGCCGUGAACGCUGUGCAGCAGUUCCUAGAUGAUGAGCGGAUGCUGGUGGAGCCUGCCUGUGGGGCAGCCUUGGCCGCCAUCUACUCAGGCCUCCUGGGGAAGCUCCAGGAUGAGGGUCGCCUGCCCCGGCCCCUGGCCUCUGUCGUGGUCAUCGUGUGUGGUGGCAACGGCAUUAACAGCCGGGAGCUGCAGGCUCUGAAAGCCCAACUUGGGCAGAAGUAAGAGCUCCCGGUUGGGGAGCACUAGCCUCCCACAAACACUCCCACAGGGCUUGUGGGUCCCCUGAAAUGAGGGGGCUCCACGCUGCCCUGUGCUUUUGCGCUGACUGCCUCCUGCAGGCAGCCCCCUGGGCAGGUCCCUUUGGCUCCCCUGGCCAAUAAACCCUUUCUGA